AUGGAUGAAGAUGACGCUGUGAAUGCCGAGAAGAUCGUCUGGAAGAUGCUUCUUCGAGCGCCUUGCUACUGUCGGCCGAACUGUAAGUUUGUGUCAACUGGUCGAGACACAGCCUGCGUCAAGGUUCUGAGAGACAUCGAGCCGGGGGAAGAGAUCUCCUGUUACUACGGCGACGGCUUCUUUGGGGAACUCAACGAGUUCUGUGAAUGCUACACGUGUGAGAGGCGCGGCACCGGAGCGUUCAAGUCGAGGGCGGGGCUUCCGGUGGAGGUGCCGGUCAUCAACAGUAAGUACGGCCUGCGGGAGACAGACAAGAGGCUGAACCGACUGAAGAAACUCGGAGAGAAAGGCAGCUCUGACAGCCACUCUGUAGGCUCACACACAGACGUGGAGACUCAGGAAAACACACACACAGCUGUCAGAAAAAGGACAUCUUCUGGUCUGAAAUACAAAAACCGGACUCGGACCAGAUCCCUUUCUACCUCAUGUUCCAAACAAGGUGGAGGCCACAGGGUACCAAAGAGACUGAAGUCCUCCCAGCCCUCUCUGAGCCGUGUGCAGCUGCGCAACCGGAGGAGAGACCCGCGGGCGCUCAGGGACGCAAAGGGCGCGCAGUGCAAGACCAUGUCAGUGAAGAAGGAGAAGGACAGCGCAGACAUCACGCCGCAGGGAUGCCUCACACGUCACGCCGCCAAGGAGAACGGCCACGAGGGCCAUUCCACAUACAGAACUCGCAGAUCUACUCGAACACUGAAGCAGCCUGACAGUCAGCAGGAGGCCACUCGCUCUGUCCCCGGUGGAGUGGUGAUCAAGAGUGAACCGUCAGACAUGGAGGAGUAUCUGCACCACCACCACCAGGGAGUGAGCUUGCCUCCGGUCAGCACAGGCUGUAACCGCAGCAGGUGCAUGCGUCAGAAACGGACCACUUUGCCCAAACUGGAGCGGACGAUAAAGUGCGAGAGCUACACAGAGACGAUAGAGCGGAGUAACUCUGGCUUUUCAGAUUGUGAUAACGUUUUGCUCAGCUAUGCGGACUCUCACCGGGAAUACAACGGCGUGUCCAAGUCCCUGCGUAGGGAGAAGAGGAAGUCAGGAUCUCCGGAGAAGAGCAAGAAGAAGCGGCGCAUCACGCGCUACGACGCGCAGCUCAUUCUGGAGAACAGCACAGGACUGCCUAAGCUAACGUUACGCAGGCGCAGGGACAGCAACAGCAGCAAAACCAACGAAUCCAAAGACAGCAGCUCAGCUGCCGCCUCCUCCUCCAAAAUCAGCAUCAAACUGAGUAAGGAGCAGCACAACAAGGACAAGAGCGCAUCAUACGUGUCCCGCUUAAACAACGGCUUCGCUAACUCCACCAAACUAAAGAUCCAGCUGAAGGGAGGGGAGGAGGCGCGCAGGCCGGCACACUGCUCCAGACCUGAGUCCUACAACGGGGACAUGUCCCAGAGUGUGGAACCGCGCAAGAGCAUACACCGCCCCCUGAAGGUCAUGGAGGAACCUUCAUCGGAUGAGGACACAGAGUUUGAGGAUGACUUCAUUCCACUCCCUCCCGCUAAGCGCCUGCGUCUGAUUGUUGGCAAAGACUCCAUGACCAUCGAUAUAUCCUCCACGAGGAGAGAGGAGCAGUCACUGCGGCUCAAUGCAUGA